UUAAUUGUAAUAUAGCGACUUCCUUCCACUCUGCAUCAAAUGCGCCAUUGUUUACUUGUGCAGAUGGUAACGGACCUUUCGUUAGGUAGCUAGAAAGCUUAAAGCAUACAAUAAUCCAAAGUCAAUAAAAUGGACCAAAAUGAGCUGCUCUUAACAAUGGCCACAAAGGCCCAACAUUGAGUUAACUCUGUGAGAAGGUUUUAAAAGCUAGUAAAACAUAUCAAAUCAGUUUUCCAGCUGAAAUAAAUAUAUAAUGCCUUACAUUACUAGUUUACCAAUAAAUGAUCAAUUCUUAAAGUAGAAGGCAACAUGAAAAUGAAAAGAAAUUGUUUUAUGAAAUUUAUUUUUCAGGGUAUCGGUAGUAGCAUCAAGUUGAGAGGGUUUGGAGACAUUUCAAGCAGCUCCAUCAGAACAGCUGCUGAUGGUGAAAGUCAUGUUGGUUCACAAGCAAGCAUUUGUAAUGUUGGUCCACAAGUCAAUAUCAUCCAUUAUGCUGAUGAAAAUGUAAUUGAUGUUGACUGUAAAGAUGUAUCGUCGGACAGUACGAUGACUGUUCAGAUUUCUAACGAACGGCUUACAGACGCAGAUUUAGUCACACCACAUACAAAUAUGAAGCUCCAAUCAAAUUCUGAAGACCCAAAGGGUUACAGUAAAUGCAAACCACCAGAUGCAGAAACCAAACUUUGUGAAAAACACGCAGACGACUCAACAUCUACAUUAACUAAAGAAUUCAAUAGUUACAAUUUAAAUAAAGAAGAACAAAGAACAAUAACAAAUUACAAUAACACGAAUACUCACACAUGGAAAAUAGAUCCGUCUGCAUGGGAGAGAUGUCUUGGGGAACAAUUCAAUGAAGCUACAGUCAUGAGGAUGUUAAAAGAUAAACUGCUGCCAAACGAAAAAAUCCUUUUCGAAAUAUACAAAACAGUCACAGCUUCAUCAAAUAUUCUUCGCGCGAUCUUCCGCAAUAUAUGCGACUAUGUAAAGCAACAAUCAUCUUCGAUUUUACAUGUGUGGCCGGCGUAUAGAUCGAGUCAGGACAAACAAAAAGCCUUGGUUUUUGUUAUACACACAAGUAAAAUUAUCAAAAUCGAAUGUGAAUUCGAGACAUACCAGCGAUGUGAGGAUGAUUUAUCAGAUACGCAUAUUUUAGAAAAUGAAGAAAUAUACAAAUUCCAACAAACACACGCAUGCAAAUUACUAGAAAUGGAAAAUGUCAAGUCAUUUGUCAAAGAAAAUGCUAAGGCCUUAAUGCAAAUGCACAGCAAUAUUACAAAAAUUACAACAAGUAGGGUAAAAUCUUCAGGGUUCCAAACGGAGACAUCUCGCAUGGAAAACAUUCCUUGCGUAGCAUUAUAUGUUCAAAUUAAGGGUUUGAUUCCAUUUCAAGAAAAAUCAUUCGACAAAACUGUCGCUGGAUACCCUUUCGAUGUAAGAGAAGGCGUGUUCUGUCUUUGUGGUAAACCUAGUGACUUACAUCAAAAGGUUAAAAUGGGAUGCGAAAUGGAUAGCGGAUAUGGUACCAAACAAGGAACGAUAGGGCCUUUUGUCCAGUUACAAAAUCAUACGGAAACGUAUUUCCUAACAAGUGCGCAUGUUGCUCUUGACAUAAGGCAAAUGGAGGCGUUAACGAAAAGUCGUCAUGAUUACAUAUACUACGGUUUCGCUGGUAACAAUACUUUCCAACCACCUGAAUCAAAAACAGUAGGCAAUUCAAGCAUUAGACAUCCCCUUGGCAAGAUUAAAAUGGCCGUCUAUAAAGAAGGUAACAAAAAUGAAGCUGGAAUGGAGUUGGCAUUGGUGCAGAUCAAUAAAGAUCGAGAGCCGGAUGAUGGCUAUUUUCCAGAUGAUAUCUUCCCUCCGCUUACAGGUUACCGUUUCCAUUUCUCUUCUGGGAGAAUUCUCGAAAAGACACAGCUAGAGAAGAAAAUGUUGUUUUUGUACAAAUUUGGUUGUUCUAGCGGUUUAACUGAAGGACGAUAUGUUGAUCACUGUACAUCAGUUAGAACAAAUAAACUUGAAGAAAGAGGAAAAGGUGUAGAUAUUACUUUGUUUAACCAAAUUCAAAUCGAAAAUAGUCUUAACUCAAACCCGUUUGCAACGCAAGGGGAUUCUGGCUCUCUUGUUUUUGCCUUUGAUGGUAGAGAUACACGAGCAGUGGGCAUAUUUGAAGGUAAAAUGGAUCAUUAUUAUAUGGCUACCCCCAUCGAAGAUGCUGUUAGUGUUAUCAGUAAAGGCUUAUCACAAUUUAAAGGUCAACAAAGGUCAUCCGGAGAAGAAAUGGAAGUUGAAAUGAAUCAUGGUCAAUUAACAAUGAUUCAAAUGCCGUUUGUGCCCCAGUGUGAUCCCGAGAGCUUCGUUGAUCAAUCUGCGGUGGAUAAAUUAGAACAGAAAACGUUUGAUUUAGAGAAAAACAUAGUCCACCAUGUUGAGCAUUCUUUGGAUACCGUAAAAGAGGAGAUAACAUCUUUGAAAGUCAAUAUUGAACAAUCAAAUACGCAGAUGCGGGAGUAUUUUGAUGAAAAGUUUAAAACUUUAGAAAAUCUUUUGUCAAAUCGUCAGACAACAUAAAACAUCAUUAUGCAGAGAAAUAAAAUCUCAUGGAGACAAGACAACCGGAACGUUCUUAUUUACUUCAUUAGAUAUUAAUUAUUAUGCCAAAUAAAAAAGGGAUUUGAGCGCCGCCUUUCCUUCUGGAUCUUAUUUGUCAUAUUUUACCACAAAGUAUCGAAGGCUCUCGAAUUUCAGACACAAUGAGACAAGCAUUGGUAGUAGGAACAAACUCUGAAUAUGUAUUCUGACAAAGAACAUUAUUAUCUAUUUCUUGUUAAUAUAUACAACACGUAUAAUUUUGAUCGUUCACUCUACCAACGGAGUACUGUAAGCUUAGAUUCAUGACUAUUGAUUGUUAAUAUAAUUGUUGGCAUUCUUUGAAAGUGUCAUUUAUAAAUUGGUCUUGUGGAUUCGCGCAGGUGGUACUUGUUGUAUCCUUAAACUUGUACAAUAACCUUAAUUAUUGUUUUGUUGAUUCAUUUAAAUAAAUGAUCCGUUGAAAAAAUGUAUUUGAAAACUGUGUGUAAAUACGGAUUUUUAUAUAAAUCCGUGGUGCAAAACACUUUAAAUUUGCUUUUCACAAAUUCUAACAAAAUAACAUACUGUUCUUAUCAGAAAUCGUUUACCCUUUACCUUCCGGAGAAGUUGGUGAUGACUGUUAAGUUAACCAGGAAAGUCACCGCCGAGAUAUGACCUGAUACAUCACCUUAAAUCGACAUUUAAACAAUAGUCAAAACAUUACGAAGGCCAUAUGCACGGAUAAACAGAUCUAUAUACACCGUAAGUUAGUUAUCCAAGAGAUGCAAUCAAAAUUAUCGCUUACUUAAAUCACUGAUUCUGGAACAGCAGUCAAAACGAUUUUUGUUUACCACGACACUUCGAAAGGAAUCGUCUGUUUUAAAGAAACUGCCUAAUGGUUGGGAUGUGUGUCUGCCUCUUAACCCUGGGAUCAUUGGUUCGAGCUCUGAUCACGACCAUGGUUCUUUAUAUGAUAACAGUACUAGUUGAUUCGAGGAAGCGGACACGAUUGUGAUUGAUAUAAGGUACAAGAACUUGUUUCGCAAUCGAGCUUAAAUAAAUAUGAUUUAGCUAAAAAGAAUACUUGAAAUCAGAAGACCUGAUUUAUUUAUCAACCGUCUGCGACAAUUAACCACUAAUUAAAUGUCAAUUAAUUGUCAAUGUUUAAACCAUUUUGUCUAGAUCGCAGUCGAGUGCAUAAGUUUCGGAAAUGUUUGAAACUUUAAUGUUGAAUUCAUGCUCAAAAUUACACUUUUAGUAAAGAUACUUUGCUUAUUAAAUGUUAUUAUAAAGAUGUAUCGGAAUAUACCUACGAGUUAAUAUAUAUACAUUUCAAUGCCUUAGCUAGGAUUUAAGACAAAUUUUAACAAUUUUCCUUCAUAUAUUGCUUACAUUUGCUUGCACAUGAAUAAGCAGUGUUUAUAUCAAUGAAAUAGGUUAA